AUGUCCGUCCAACACCCAACCGAACUGCCCUCCGAGGUAGAAGCGUGGCUACAAGAGCAGACCACGUACCCGCGCGAAGAGCUCUUGCGAGGUGAUGGCAACCACCCGGACGAAAUUGAUGCUAUGCGGAAAUUUCUCGUCGGAACCUUGACCGCACAUGAUGCCGCUGCAGCCAUCAUCCAUUCCAUCACUUUAGAAGACGACCCUCCACAUGAAGUGUAUCGCUUGUGGGGUCUUCUUGCGGCCACGCUGGUCGAGCUAGGUCGAGAAGUUGGUCGGAAGUCGCUAGAUCUGUUGGCCGCAAUCCAGCAAUUGCCAGACGCGACGACACCAACAGGCACGAUCAAAUGGUCAGAUCUCCCGGGAUUUGGCAACAUGUGGUAUGAUAGCCACAGCAUGCAUAUGGAUGGAUCACCUCCAUGGGAAAGUGGCCGAGAGGGUAUUUUGACUCGGGAGAGAGAGACUGUGCUGCGCGAUCUCUACGAAGACGGCGGCGCUGCUGAAGCGUCUAUUUGGCUUCGCAUCCCCAACGUCAUAAAUCCGAAUCUAGGGUAUGAGGUGCUCAAUUUGAGCCGCUCUGGUCGCGCAUGUUUGUUCAUCAAUUUGCACCAAGUUCACGGCUGGCUCAAGAUUGCCGGGCCGCAACUCAGACUUGAUAGACCUCUCGAUGAAGUCAUGAGGCUGGAGAGAAAGGCCUGGGGGGAAUAUGCCGACGCUACGAUGGAGGAGCACUGGCAUGACUGGGAGAAAGCGCUGGCGGAGCUCAGCAAAGACGACAGUACACUUCCGCAGGAGAGCAGAAAGGUGGCAGGUGAAUGUCUUGCUAUGAUGCAAGAUGCGAGACUUCAAGACCCCAGGAAUGUCUCUACUGACACGUAG